CGCAAUUCCUUGUUGCCUAAAUGGACCUGCAUUACCAAGGAAUACGAGUGUCUCACCUGAGGAUACGAGUGUACAUCUGCUGUUGAGAUUAUCUGAGCUAAAAUGAGCGGGGGAGAAAUAAUAUGCCAGGGCUGGCUGAGAAAAUCACCACCUGAGAAGAAGUUAAGAAGAUAUGCCUGGAAGAAGCGCUGGUUCAUCUUACGCAGUGGGCGUAUGAGCGGAGACCCAGAUGUUCUGGAGUACUACAAAAACGAUCACACCAAAAAGCCCAUUCGCAUCAUAGAUCUGCACUGCUGCGAGCAAGUGGAUGCAGGGCUCACUUUUAAACGCAAAGAGUUUCAGGACAGCUUUGUGUUCGAUAUCAAAACUGCUGAAAGAACCUUCUAUCUGGUGGCAGAGACUGAGGAGGAGAUGAACCGCUGGGUUCGGUCCAUCUGCCAGCUCUGCGGAUUCAACCAGUCGGAGGACAACCAUGAUGAGAGACCAGCCCACCUGCUCCGCUCCAUGGCCGGUGACUUCGGCAGCUCCUUUGCUUCUCUGUUUGGUGAGCGGAAGACUUCGGUUCCUUCCCACGCGAGCCAACCGAUGCUGUUCACCUUCGACAUGCCUGUACGGCACUCUCAUGGCCCCCUGUCCAACAGCGCCCCCCAGGACUACCUCCUCCUUCACCAGUGCAUGAGCCGGAAGAGUGAGGGCACACGAAGCGCUAGUUUUUCUCAGGCACAACGUAGCAGUGUGUUGCUGGGCAGUGACUCAGCAGUGCAGCGUCUCACUCAUGGCUUCUCGCCAUGUCUAAACGGGAGCAGCACUCAAAUGCACGACUCCUAUAGCCUACCCAAAUCCAACAAACACCAACAGAUAGCGACGCGCGCCGAUUCACCCAGCGAGGCCUGUUACGUUCUACCGCGCGCCCACAGUGCCGAGGACUCGUGUGACCUGGAGUCCGAUGAAGUCUACACCUAUAAGACACCCUGUAACGCUCUAGCCACCGCACAACUCAACGAGCAACGUCAUCCGGAUAACUACGACCUGCCUAGCUUUUUCUACCAGAUCCCACGCACAUUCGACAGGAACCACAAUGCUCUGACUCCAAACAACGCAGACUCAACGGGGGGCCCACCACCACCCAGACCACCCAAACCCAACAUGAGCUCAGAGACACGUUGGGGAAGCCCUCAGUCGCUUGGAGGACAGAACGGAGAUGUGGCCACAGUGUCGGUUAUCCCACGGCGGAACACGCUUCCGGCUGUAGAGAACAUCAGGCUUCACAGAGGAUCCUCGUUCGAGACCAACAAUCAUCAUCGUCCAAACUACUUUAAUAACUCUGGUCAGUCUGUGGAAUCGGUUAAUGAUGGAUUCAGCUCCUACUUGAGAGCGAAAACUCCUCUGACACGCUCGGACAGUGCAAAUUCCGAAGAUAACUACGUCCCUAUGAACCCCGGCUCCUCCACCUCCCCUCUUAACGCUGCCCUGGCAGACAGUCCCAAGAACAACUAUAUUCCCAUGAGUCCUGGUCCACACCACUUUGAUUUUCCAGGGUUCUCUGCUACGCUGCCAGCCAGAAAAGGCAGCACGGCUUCACUGUGCCACCGACCCAGUCGCCUGAGUGAUGUCACGCCGCCACCCAUUAACCGUAAUCUGAAACCCAACAGAAAAGUUAAGCCAACACCUCUGGACCUGAGGCACAAUGGCAUCAUUGAUGAACUUCCUUUUAAGAGCCCUGUUACCUUAUCAUGGACCAGACCCAUGCCUAUUAUGAACUCUAUCUCAUCACAACAUUGCCGACCAGUCUCUACUCAGAGCAUCACCAGCACUGAUUCUGCAGACAGCGAGGAGAAUUAUGUGGCAAUGCAAAACCCAGCAUCUACCUCGCCCGCAAUGAGUGGAACCAGCAGCCCUGCUUCUAGGAAAGGCGGCAACGUUGACUACCUGGCUCUGGAUUUUCAAUCUGGCUCACCUGGACCACACAGAAAGCCCUCCACCUCUUCAGCAACAUCAGACGAGAAGGUGGACUAUGUCCAAGUAGACAAGGAAAAGACUCAGGCCCUUCAGAACACUAUGCAAGAGUGGACGGACGUCCGGCAGUCCAGUGAGCCGACCAAAGGCAUCAAAUCCUGACAAAGCGACAUCAUGCUGGCAGAGAGAGGACGUUCACUCCACGUGGACCUUCUCUUUAUAAAAGACUGCCGUGAUAUAGAAUUUUAGACACUUUCCUGCAAAACAAGCAAGAUUUAGCAAUUACUAUGUGGAAUCCAAGCCAUACCUAACUCUCAGUCUUAUGAGGAAAACAAUAGGCAUUAAUGA